AUUUCAGCUUAAACAAUGUGAGAUCACCUUAUCAAGUCUUGAAUCUCGACUUCUUGAAAGAGAAAGUCAACUGACAAAAUGUGUUGGACAGUACAGCCAAUACAAUUCAGUUGACCGUGUUCAAUGCUCACAGCUAACAGAUUUAGUCAAAGAUCUUAAACAACAAAUCACAGAGCAUAAGAAAAUGAAUAUGAUUUCAAAAACUGAGAGAGCUCAAUUACAAGAGACUGUGAAUCGUCUUGAAGGUGAAUUAGCUGCUCGAUCUGAUGCAUUACGUAGAGCAGCAAUAGAUGCAACGCGUAUACAAAUGGAGCAUGAAUUAGAAUUGAAAAAUAGAACAAAUGAUUUAAAUGAGUCACUGUAUCAUAUGGAAAACAAAUGGAAAGAAGCAUGCAAAACUAUUGAGAGAUUAGAGAAGGAGUACAAAGAUCAAGAAUUCAAACUUACAGAAGUUUCAACAAACAGAAAUGAUGAAAACAAAUCAUUGAAACAGAAGCUUGAUUCAGUUGAAUCGAAAAACAGAACAUUGUGCAAUGAAUUAGAAACUGUGAAAUUAUCAAGAGAGAAUUUACAAAAUGAGUAUAACCGACUUCAAGAGGAAUUGGACAAGCUGAAGAUACAAAUUGAUUCCACUGCAAAGAAAGUUUCAACUGGGGUUCAAGCUGUUCAGAAAUGCUCAAACGCAAGUACAAAUACAGAGAAAAUGGAAUAUAAAGAAAGAAUACCAUUGCCAAGGCUUCAGCUGACAAGUAGUAGACCGAAAUCUUCAGAACAAGUGAAAACGUCUCAUUUCUCACCUGGGGAUCAGGACGAAGAAAAAUUCACCGACUGUGAUAUUAACAGCCCUGAGAACUCAGCUGAUUCAGUUGAGGCUAGAGUGAAAGCGCUUAAACAAGCCAAUCAGUAUCUAAGAUUGGAAGUAGAGAAUGCCUGUAAAAUGUUAAAUUCAAGUGUACUAAAUAAAAAUAAAGUUGAAGAUGAGUAUUUGUCUAUGCCAAAAAUAAAGUAUUCCAAUACACUUCAAUUUGAUACUGGAAAUAAUAAUAAUAAUAAACACAAAGUAGAAUUCUUCGAUGAAACUGAUGAAUACCCUGAGUAUGGUGAUGAAAGUAUAGUUGAACAAGAAUCAAAAACGGUUUGGCUUGAAAGAAUUGAAUCGAUAUCACAAAAAUUUCAUGAUAACAACAACUACUGGUCGAGUAAACUAGAAAAUAUUGACAGAAUGAAAAAUUCUGGUCGAGAUAUUGUACAAAAUACAGAGCGUCAAACAAAUUCAUCUAGAACAGUCAGUGGAAACACCGACAGAAAAAUUAAGCCAACACGCCUUCAUGAUUCUAGCAGUGGAGUCGGUAACAGCAGUGGGCGUGUCAAAUUAACAAAGCUGGAACCCAUGGAUUAUCAUGGAAAGUUCGGUGAUAAAUUUGCCAAGCCAUCAAGUGCUUCUAAGCUGACUUCAAUUCCAGUUAAACAGAUGUCAACCUAUCGUGCUUCAAGAAUAAAAUAGUCGAAAUUUUACAUGUUGUUGUAUUCGUUAAGUUCCUUUCAAAGAAAAAGAAAAAAUAUUUCAUAAUUUUUGACACCUUUGAUGCAUUUUCAAAGAAUAAUUAUGGAUCACUAAUAAUAACUACUGUUUAUAACUGUUUGUGACUACAGCGUGUAAAUGAACUGUGUGACAAUUUAUUAUAAAACCGGUUACGCUGUAGCAUUUUCUACCGUGAGUAUAAAUAAACUCAUGAGAAC